AUGGGUACGUAUAAAUUGAAGCUUCUUAAUAUUCUGAUAACUGGGCCACUGACAGGAGCAUCAAUGAACUCAACAAGAACCUUGGGACUAGCAAUAGCUGCAAAUAACUACAAAGGCAUAUGGAUCUACCUUACAGCUCCCAUCCUUGGCGCACUAGCUGGUGCAGGUAUUUACACAGCAGUGAAACUGCCUGAGGAAGAUGAUAGAAGUGGGGAUAUAGAUGAUUCUUUCAUUGCUGACCUGGUGGUUGGUCUUGCCUCUUAUCAAAUCAAAGCAGGCUCUCCUUCUCGUGGAGAGCGCUUAGCCAAGUACAAUCAGGUAAAAACUGAAUAA